CUCUGCCCGGCCGCGGACGAGGCCGGGGGCUCGGGGGUCAAGUGGUCGGACUCACACUGCGCAGAUUAUGGACUCAGAGCUCGCCGAGACACGACGUGUGACGGCGCGGUGUCGGUGACCAGUGGUGACCAGUGAUCGGCGGUGGACAGUGACCAGUGGUGGGGGGUGGACAGUGACCAGCGGUCGGGGGUGGACAGUGACCAGUGAUCGGGGGUGGACAUUGGCCAGUGUUCGGCGGCGGACAGUGACCAGUGAUCGGGGGUGGACAUUGGCCAGUGGUCGGCGGCGGACAGUGGCCAGUGGUCGGGGGUGGACAUUGGCCAGUGGUCGGCGGUGGACAGUGACCAGUGGUCGGGGGUGGACAGUGGCCAGUGGUCGGCGGUGGACAGUGACCAGUGGUCGGGGGUGGACAGUGACCAGUGGUCGGCGGUGGACAGUGGCCAGUGGUCGGCGGUGGACAGUGACCAGUGGUCGGCGGUGGACAGUGACCAGUGGUCGGGGGUGGACAGUGGCCAGUGGUGGGGGGUGAGCAGUGGCCAGUGGUGGGGGGUGGACAGUGACCAGUGGUCGGGGUUGGACAGUCAUCCGCUGGCAGUGAUCUGUUUUAGUCCUGGGAUCGGCGGUGUGAAAUGUGAAGUGCUGCUCGCUGGCCGACCAUUGAACUCGGUGGUAGGCCGAGGGAAGGCUCAGUUCUGACCACUGAAGAAGGUCUUGUCGACAGACUGUCCGUCAGUGAUUGUUAGGGCGGCCGUUUGCGGCUCCCCGGUGAGCCAGCGUCUGUGGUGACCUCUGUUGCGGCGGGCGUGUUGACCGGGCCACCCGGCCGCAGCCACAAUGAGGUCGCAGGCCGUGCUGCUGACCUGCUGCCUGCUGCUGGCGCCCAGCACCGCUCUGCCGUUCGUCUCAGACUGGCUCGGAAACCUCGAGCUAUCCCUGCCCACUGGCGGCGAGGAGGAGUGGACUCUGAAGGACGCUGCACUCCGAGUGGAGGACUCGAUGCGCCAGACGCUGAAGAGGAUGGCCACUGACGCCACGGAACGAGUCACAGGUGGUAUCAUGGAGGACCCUCUGCCCGUCCCGGCCUCGCUGGAACAGGAGAUCCUCGGCUCCACCUUUCGACUCAACAACAUCGUCCUGACGGGCAUGCGCGACUACGAGGUCAAACUGGUGCAGGUCGACCUGAAAGGGCACGAGUACACGUACGAGCUGCAGUUUCCGGCGCUGUCCACCCUCGGCCAGUACGUGCUCGAUUACUACUGGCGCGCCUGGGAGGGCGACUUUACCAUCUCCAUGUAUGACGUCACGGCCAGGGGGCGGGGCCUGCUGGACGUCUGCGGCAACGGCACCGUUCGGCUGAACUCGGGCCACAGUCACGUGGAGGUGACGUAUGCGCGGAUCCACGCCGACCUGGGCAGCCCGCUGCUGGUGGAGGGCGCCGUCCAGACGGCCGUUGGCGCGCUCGGUCCGUACCUGUUUGACGUCAUCAAGCCGAGCACCCUGGACCGCGUCAACGGCUACCUGCAGCGGCACUGUCAGCCGCACGUCAAGGAGCUGGAUGAGGAGCGCAUGCUGACGGGCUCGUUCGCCAUGGUCGACUCGGCCGUCCUCGAGGCCAGGAAGAGGGUGCGUCAGGCCGGCUACGACCCGCUGCCGCUGCCAGACAUCAGCCAGGCUAGCUCCGGCGUGGAGGUGGAGCUGAGCCACGGCGUGCUGACCGGCCUCAGCAACCUGAAGCGCUCCGGGGACGUGGCGCUCGGGGUGCUCGACCAGACGGCCAAGGCCACGCUGGCGCUCGGCACCGAGCGCGUCACCGGCAAGUACCGCUGGACCGUGCGCGGCUUCAACCUGCUCGAGCGCAGCGGCUUCGUCAAGUUCAGCGUCGACAGUCUGAAGCUGCGCGCCCGGCUGGCGCAGGUGCUGACGCUCCGCGAGAGGCCGCGCAUCGACGACCUGGACGUCGACCUCGGCAAGCUGACCUUCCGGGCAGAGGGGCUCGGCAGCAUGGACUACGCGCUCAACGUGGGCGCGCAGAGCUUCCCCGGCAUGCUGAAAACGAUCAUCGUGAAGGCCGUGGAAGCUCCGCUCGUGUGGAUUAUCGAGAACCAGUUCAACGACCUGGUGCCGAGCUAGGCAUGGCGAUUUAUUCGUAGACUGUAGCCCAGACAAGCAUAUGGAGACAUUCAUGAUAUUAAGGGUUCCUGGGUUCCUGUGAUGCAUCCGUAAGAACAGUGCAGCGGUGUUUACAACCUUCCGUUGCAAUGCAGUCCCCCGAGAGUACCACUACCUACGCCCAAGCGGACCUGACCAGAGGUCGCAGCCAUCGCCUGGUUAAACGUAAGUGGGUAAGCAGCUCACAGGUGGCGCUGACGGCACUGGACAUCGGGGGCUAAACGCCAGGUCCCGCGUCCAGGGUCGCCCCACGCGCGGUGGAGCUGGAAUAGUACAUCAGCGAUUCAGAUAGCAUCAUCUUGAGUACUACAGCGAUUCGACAGUGAUUAAGACACGAGACAGCCAGAAGCCAGACACAGGAGCUAGGAGCAGCCUGGUGAUUUAUCGCUAUUGUGCUCACGGAUUCUAAUUUGAAAUGCAGAUUGAUAACUUGCAUCUGGGGAGAAUUCAUCCAGAUCCGACCAGCGGCGGUUUUACGUUCUUGCCUUGCUCUGUGCAUGAAGCAAUAAAUGACAACCCACGAGACUAA